UACAACCUCUGACCCCCAGCUGUCCCUCCACAUACUCCAUGAGAUGAACCCCUGGCUUCAAAGGGUGUUAGAAAGAUAGGCACAUCCUAUAAGUAAAGCUCAAUGUGGACAUUUGAUGCUUGGGGGCUUCGGGAGCCUCACAGCUGGGGACUCCUUCUCACAGUUUCGAUUUGCUGAGGAGAAAGAAUGGGAUGGUGAAACUUCAUGUCCAAAGCAGAACUCAGCACUCUAUGUGGAUAGUGAGUCACUGGUUCGAGCCCUUCAACAGCUGCCCCUCUCAGUCCGGCUUAACGUUGCUGCGGAGUUGAUCCAGACCACAAUUCCGUUAGAACUUCCACAGGUGAAACCAAGGAGAAACGAUGAUGGCAAGGAGCUGGGCAUGCAGUUAAGGGGGCCAAGCUCCGAGAUCAGAUCUACUGCUGCUAGUUGUGCCAGAUCUCUGGGCAAAGACAGCUUAAGAUCAAGCCCUCCAGAGGGUUUGCAGAAAGGGCCCUUCCCGCCACAGUCAGUGGCAGACCAUCUGGAAGAUGAACUGGACAUGUUGCUGCAUUUAGAUGAACCCAUGAAAGAGGAAGACAGAAUCUGCCCAGACCAGAUGUCUCAGGACCAGGAACCAGAAAGUGAUGGGCAGGGGGCCCAGGAAGAAACAGUUCCUGAAAAGCCAUCUAUGACUGCAGAGAAAAAUGUGGAACCUGAACAGACAAGCACAUCCAAAACUGUUACUGAGGAAGAACUGGAAGACUGGCUGGACAGCAUGAUUUCCUGAGGAGGGGACCAAGGGGGAAAAUGUGCCUGAAGCAAAUUUUGGUUGCCUUCUAAGUAAGGGUGGGCUAGCUUACCAGAAUACCCCAUGCUAACAUGUACUGUUACUUAUGCUUACAGCAGCCAAUGCCUACCUCUGUUUUUGAUGGCAUCUGAAUACAUGUAUGAGGCUUC